AUGUCAAGAGCCAUGAGUGCUUUCUUGGGUUGCAACUAUUCGGAAAUGGUGGUGCACGCCAACACGUAUCAGUUUGAUCGUUGUUGGAACGGCAGAGAUACGCUUGGUAAUGUCAAGGAUGGCGAGGAGAUCCUUCUGGCAGAAUGCAAUGGUAUUUCGUGCCGACGAGACCUGGCGGUUCUCACCUUACCGUUUCUGUCCGAGCUACGGAAGUCCACCUCACUUCUGAGGCAUGCAACACCUUACUUCACAGGGAAGGGAAUGAAGGUCGUCAUUCAUAUACGCCGAGGGGAUCGAGUCCCAAAGGGCCCCGUCGAUCUUGCAAGGAAGGUGAACGGCCAGCACUACGCAUCGGACGCCUUAUACCUGGAUUUCUUGCGAAUGUUCCGCAGGCGUGUGCAGAACGUCGAUGUUCAUAUCAUCAGCACAACGGAGGAUGGUUUUCCCAGCCAAAACUUCGAUGUCUACAGAAACCUUGGUGUGCAAGUUCACUUGGAUGGUGAUAUCAUUGAUGAUUGGGCUCACAUGACUCAGGCCGAUUUGCUUCUCAUUGCUCCCAGUACCUACUCGUGGGUAGCUGGCCUGCUCAACGAGAAGUGUGUUGCAAUUUUCAAUUUCUUUCAGUACCCCAUCCUGUUGGACUGGAUUGAACUGAGCGCCGACUUGCACGAGCUCAAGGACGUGGAGAGCUGCCUUUCAACUAAAGGACGCUAA